GACCUCAACACCACCGCAUCAGAAAACAGAUCCCAUCUUUUUGAUCCCUACACCCAAUCCCAUCCUACUCCCAGCCACCAUGACCUUCCCCUCAAACUCCCACCUACCAGUCGCUCCCACCCCCAAAACCCUGCUAGGGUUUCUGCUCAUCCUCUCCCUCUUCCUCUCCCUCUCCCUCUCCGUAGGCUUUGCCGAGACCAAUCUCUUCGACGCUCCCACCGCUUACGAUCUUCUCGAGAGCUUCGAUUUCCCCAGAGGAAUCCUCCCACAGGGAGUACAGAGCUACCUUCUGAGGAAAGAUGGCACCUUUGAGGUUUAUCUCAGUGGAGACUGCGAGUUCAAGGUCACCGGCGGCUAUCUAUUGAAGUAUAAGACGAAGAUCACCGGCACGGUGGAGUCGGGGACGCUCAAGAACUUGAAUGGGGUCAGUGUGAAGGUGUUGUUCUUGUGGUUUGGCAUCAAUGAGAUCGUGAGGAGUGGCGACGAGCUCAACUUCUAUGUUGGCCCGCUGUCGGCCUCCUUCCCUUUGUCCAACUUCGAGGAGUGCCCCCGGUGCCCCUGCGGAUUCGAUUGCGCCACCCCCUUGGUUUCUGAUGCUUAGGAGGACUCUGUUGUUGUGGGUGACGAGCAAUCUUUUGAUCUCUUCAUGCAUGCCUUCGAUUUUAGAUGAUGGAUCUAAUGGUGAUAAGCCUUUUGUAUUGGAAUUUGGAUUAUUGAAUGAAUAAGGAUUUUAUACUUUAAUGUGCUUUGGUA